AUGACAGCGCAGCGCAUAGGCUCGACACGUUCGGUUGUGGCCGACUCUGUGACUACUACACCAGGAAAUCAGUCAUGCCCUCUCUUCUCUGAUCCACCAAUUGGGUCCUCUUCUACCAAAAAAAUUGACGCCGAAUAUGUUCGGUGUGGCGACAAUAGAAGCGUUGAGGACACCAAGACUUCUACCAUCAGUAGUGAUCGCAUCACACCUGCAACCCUCGGUGUCUACUCGACCGGCCAACUCUUCUACGCCACAGUUGUGCAUGCUCUGGUCGUGGUCACUCGUCUUCUUUGCUACACUGGUGGAAGAGCACUUUUCCCUGUUCGAUGGCCGAUUGGGGAACGGUUGGCUAAAGUAAACAAGGCCAGCGAAGCGGACCAAAUUCUGACUGGUCAGUAG